CCUCCUCAUUUUCCUCAUCUCCUCUCCUCUCCUCUCCUGCUCUGCUCUCCUUUGGAGCGAGAAGCAACAACAAAGAUUAGGAGCUGCUGAUUUCGCCUCUGUUCUUCGUCGUGGUCGUCGCAGCGAGAUUUGGCUUUGCCGGCGCUUUGAUCUUGAAGGAUCUGGAGAGAGAUAUGGCGCGUUUUCAGGAAACCAAGCCGGAUCUGCUGAAUUCCGGCAGCGAUACGCGGAUGAUGGCCGAGGCCCGAGCCCCCAAGGCGCGGAAGCCGUACAUGAUAACCAAGCAGCGCGAGAAAUGGGCCGAGGAGGAGCACAAGCUCUUCCUGGAGGCCAUGCAGCUCCAUGGCCGCGCCUGGCGCCGAAUUCAAGAGCACAUAGGCACCAAGACGGCCGUGCAGAUCAGGAGCCAUGCGCAGAAGUUCUUCUCCAAGGUCACCCGGGACUCGUCCGGCGACAGCGGCGGCAGCAGCCCCGGCGGUGCCGGGCCGCCGAUCCAGAUCCCGCCGCCGCGGCCCAAGAGGAAGUCGGUGCACCCGUACCCGUGCAACCAGAGGAGCGCGCAGCCGGGGAAGCACGCCCACGCCGCGCUCCUCCGGGUCGACAAGCCUCAGCUGUCCAUGUGUGAGCAGGGGAAUGGCUCGCCGACAUCCGUGGUGACCACCUCGCAGAUAGGCUUGGGCGGCUCCGAGAGCUUCGACAGCGACACCUCGACCAUCGACGUUGAAGAGCGAUGCCCCACGCCGAGCACGGGGACCGCCGAGGUCGCUGUGCAAGCGCCACCAACCAAUGAUUCCAAGAAAUCCAAGGGCAGUAGUGGUACUUCAGAAGAAGUGGUGUGUGACAACACGUCCGAUGCUCCGGUCCUGAAGCUGUUUGGAAAGACAGUUGUUGUGAAUGAAUCACAUCAGCUGCCAAACCCUGGCACUUGCAACCUGCAAACUGCCGCGGAUAUGGAACUGGAUACUUCGGCCGAGACACCCACCAGUGCACCAGAGGCGAACACAUGGAGCCCAUGGCUGGCAAACUCGCAGCAGUUCAUGUACUAUGUUCCUCAAGGGGCAGUUUUCUUCGGCUACAACAAUGGAAGUGUGCCGUACCCCGUGUCAUCAAGCCCCAAGGCAGAUCAACAGCACCAGCAACAUGCUUCCGAAGCCGCCGCCGAGCUUAGGCGGAGGGAAGCGUCGUCGAACACGGCCUCCAGCAGUGUGGCUGAAACAACAGCCCGGAAUUCUGCAGAGUCAUGCACGGGAGCGGUUGGCGGCGACGACGAAAUGGUGCAUGCUGCAGGUUUGAGAGAGCGUGCGAGCCCGGCCUUCGUCCAGCAGCGAGGUUUCAUGCCGUACAAGAGGUGCGCGGCCGAGAGCAAGGCGAUGCAGCCCCAGGCUCCCAGGGAGGAGGCGGAUAGAGAGAUGACGAGGCUCUGCUUGUAAACCAUGGAAGGCCUGAGGUACAGAGUGUUCAUUGGGCGUCUGUGAUCUCGCCCCAUUGGCGGAGGUUCAGAGGUCGACGUUUGACCUAUAUAAUUUUGGCGUAGUUGUAGUAGGAUCGAUCGCCCUGAUGUAAAUUAACUAUUGCACAGCUCUCAUCAAUGGCAUGGCAGGAGAAUGCCGCAAGGCCUUCUUAGUUGUACUAUGCUUUUGACAGAUGAACCGAACACCGACGCCCUACUUGCAAAAUGUUUAAGCAUGGCAAAUGAACUGAAUACUUCAUAA